AAACAAAAAUUCAUUUGAAAAAAAUUUCUGCUUUCGCUUUUUGCUAUUUUGGGGUUUCUUUUCUUUUGUUUUUCCGAAGAUUUCUCUCCCCAUUUCUUAAAUCUCAUCGCCGUCAUUUCCUUUUAUAUAUAAAGCUGAAAACUAAGCCUGGGUUUUGCUUUAAACCUCCAUUAAAAUGGCUUCUUCAAUCUCUGUUCCAUGCCCUAAGAUCUCUUCUUUUGUUAAACCAAAGCAAACCCAAAAGAUCUCUUUUGCUCUUCCUCAUUGUUCCAAGUCUUGUUUCUCAUUUGGAUCUUCAAUUAAGGUCCCUGCAUUUUCUGGAUGCCAGUGGCAUACUGAGAAGAAAACUAUGGCCUUCAAAGCACGUGCAAAGCUUAACGAGGUUGCAGCAGAGAAAUCUUCGAAUUCUGUACCGGUAGUUGACAUGAAGUCUAAAGCUGCAUUGCCAAAGGAAGAUGAUAAAUCUACUGGCAAUACAAUACCGGAUGUUGCAGCAAUCUCGGCUUUCAUGACACAAGUAUCGGACCUUGUUAAGCUUGUUGAUUCGAGAGAUAUUACAGAGUUGCAACUGAAGCAAUCGGAUUGUGAACUUAUAAUAAGAAAAAAGGAAGCUUUGCAGCCACCGGAACAAGCACCCCCAGUUUUCAUGCCACAGUACAUGCCUCAUCAUGCCAUGUUUCAAACCCCAUUUCCGGCAGCAGCCCCAACAGCAUCACCGGCACCUUCAAACCCAGCCCCUCCACCACUAGCACUGCCCUCAGCUGCAUCCCCGGCUAAAACUAGCAGCUCAUCUCAUCCUCCACUCAAGUGCCCCAUGGCUGGAACCUUCUACCGGAGUCCGGCACCGGGUGAACCGCCAUUUGUCAAGGUGGGAGAUAAAGUACAGAAAGGUCAAGUAAUCUGCAUCAUUGAGGCAAUGAAACUGAUGAACGAAAUCGAAGCUGACCAAUCCGGAACCAUAACUGAGAUACUAGCUGAGGAUGGAAAAGCAGUUAGUGUGGACAUGCCUCUAUUUGUGAUUGUACCAUGAAGGAGCAGAUUGAAGGUUACGUGACAAAGAAGAGCAUUGGUUUUGGUUUAAUCUGUAAUUUUUAAACUAAUAAUUAUGGUUGUGUUUGUGGUUUUGGGAAUUAUUAACACUACUGUUGAUGUUUUUUGAUAUCAAGGCAGAAUUAUUAUUAUUAUUGUA